AGUACGUAUUGACAAUCCAGGUACCCACUGGUUGUGCAAAGAAAUGGCUAGGAAAUAGCCUGCAGCAAACUGGGCUAUUCAAUUACGGUUGAAUUUUGAAAGGUUGAUGAUUAUAAAGGGGAUAUCCGUAUGUUCUCUGUUAGACUUGUACGGUCACAUCCACCGUCAUCUAUCGUCGGGCCUGCGAUCAUCAGACGGAAUCUGAAGCUUUUUAUUACUAUGCCUGCCGCCAAAGUCAUCAGUGAAGAGCCUUUGGACAACAAGGACGCAAAAUGGAUCCGUCUCAAGAAGAUUCAUUACACUGAUCAAGACGGAAAACAGAGACUUUGGGAAUCUGCUGAGCGCACAACUCGCAAGGAUUCUGGAAUAGACGGCGUCGCUGUCCUCGCUGUCCUUCGCUCCAAGACCAAGGCUUUCCCCCUCUCGACAGUCAUUAUAGAGCAAUACCGUCCUCCUCUCGACAACAUCGUCAUUGAACUCCCUGCUGGUCUCGUCGAUGCAGGAGAAACAGCAGAGGCAGCAGCCAUUCGAGAAUUGAAGGAGGAGACAGGAUACGAGGCCGAUAUGACUACCGAACCCGAGUCCUCACCGAUCGUUGUCAGUGACCCAGGAAUGACUAAUUCCAACAUGAAACUCGUGGUUGUAAGUGUCCUCCUAGAAGAUAAACUCGAAACUCCUACCCCGUGUCUUGAUGAUGGGGAACAUAUUAUCACUCGCGUCGUAGAGCUAGACCAACUCGAUACCGUGCUCAAAGCAUACGACAAAGAGGGCUUUGUAGUAGAUGCUAGGCUCUCUCACUUCGCAGCUGGUUAUGCAAUGGCGAAGAGGAUCAGUAUCGGCGCAUUCCCCUGAGAUGCUAAGUCAGGUGGUCCUGACGGUACUUGGUCUCGCAUGAUGGACCGAAUGAUAUAGAAAAGUGGAUCAUCGCUUGUCCAGCAUUCAGACUAGCGACAUGUACAGCACUGGCUAGCAUCAUACUAUGUACUAGUGAU